UUUAUGGUGGAACUUUUCUUUACUGACAGGUGCAUUCCUUGUAAAGGUUCUCGGUUUCCCCCAACCCUUCCACGCCCUGCUGUUGCUAUAUUAUCCUUUAAGCUUCCUUACUGUCAGAUUGCAACAGAUAAAGGACAAAUGGAGGAGCAGUUUUGGCGUUCAGUUACAUUUCACAACCACCUUGAUUAUUUAGCUAAAAAUGGUUAUGAGUAUGAAGAGAGCACUAAAAAUCAAGCAACAAAAGAGCAACAGGAACUUUUAAUGAAAAUGCUUGCGCUUUCUUGUAAACUGGAGCGGGAAUUUCGUUGUGUGGAACUUGCUGAUCUAAUGACUCAAAAUGCUGUGAAUUUAGCCAUUAAAUAUGCUUCUCGCUCUCGGAAAUUAAUACUGGCUCAAAGACUUAGUGAACUGGCUGUAGAGAAGGCAGCUGAAUUGACAGCAACCCAGGUGGAAGAGGAAGAAGAAGAAGAUUUCAGAAGAAAGCUGAAUGCUGGUUACAGUAAUACCGCUACAGAAUGGAGCCAGCCAAGGUUCAGAAAUCAAGUUGAAGAAGAUGCCAAGGACAGUGGAGAAGCUAAUGAUGCAGAAAAACUGGAAAUACAUAAGCAUGGACAGAACUCGUUUCCCAAAAGUACAGAUUCCUCUGAUGUUUCACCUAAGUCAGGUGCAGUUACCUUUAGCAGCCAAGGACGAGUAAAUCCCUUCAAGGUAUCAGCCAGUUCCAAAGAACCAGCCAUGUCAAUGAAUUCAGCACGUUCAACUAAUAUUUUAGAUAAUAUGGCCAAAUCAUCCAAGAAAUCCACUGCACUUAAUCGAACUAUAAAUAAUGAGAAGUCUCCCAUUAUAAAGCCUCUGAUUCCAAAGCCAAAGCCUAAGCAGGUACUGUUUCCACUACCCUCAUCUGCAGUCAGCUCUGAGAGCAAGGGUGAGGCGAUGCGAAAGCGGCUUGAGAAAAGUGAGUAUAAAACAUUUUCACAUAAUUGUGAUUUUAGGCCAAAGACUGGGUUCCAGAUGUGGCUGGAAGAAAAUAGAAGUAAUAUUUUGUCUGACAAUCCUGACUUUUCAGAUGAAACAGACAUAAUAAAAGAAGGAAUGGUUCGAUUUAGAGUAUUGUCAACUGAAGAAAGAAAGGCCUGGGCUAACAAGGCCAGAGGAGAAAUGGCAAGUGAUGGAGCUGAAGCAAAGAAGCGAAAACGUGUAGUUGAUGAAAGUGAUGAAACAGAAAACCGGGAAGAAAAAGCAAAAGAGAAUCUGGAUUUGCCUAAAAAGCAGAAACCUUUAGAUUUUUCUGCGAAUCAGAAACUAUCAGCUUUUGCAUUUAAGCAGGAGUAAAGGAAGAAAGUGACCCUAGGAAAGUAAUGGAUUUUUUUACUCAUCUUUGAAUAUGGACUUGAGUCUUUGGGAAACUCAUCAUAUAUAUUUUUUU